AUGAAGCCUAUCUUCCCCAUCGCCGCGGCAAUCGCAUUCACGGCUACUUUUCUGCGCACCACGUCGAAAGGAAAAAAUUCAACGGCGAGGAAAAUCGUCACUCGGGCAGCAUCAGUGUCAGGAGGAGGAGGAAGCGAAGCCGGCGUUACUAAUUCAAAACAGAUUAUGAAUAUUCCAAAGCCUGUGUGUAAGCGAAUCGAUCACGCCGUAUCAUUCGGUAUCGUUCCCGGCGAGAAUAGAGGCGAGAAUGUCAUGGAUCCAGCGGUUAAGGUCAACGACGACCUUUUCUGGUUGCGCGACGACGAUAGAAAGAACGAAGAAAUUCUCUCUUACUUGAAAACAGAGAACGAAUACACGGAAGCGCACACGAAACACUUGAAAAAAAAAGAGACAGAUCUGUACAACGAAAUCGUCAAAGCGAUCGAGGAGACCGAUGUGGACGUUAAAUUUCAAUGGGGUGAUAGUUUUGAGUAUUACGUCCGCACGGUGAAAGGAAAAUCCUACCCAAUCGUCUGUCGACUAGAAAGAACGAAUACCACCAAAGGUGGCGGUGAAACCAUCGUGUUGGACGUGAACGAACUCGCGAAACAAAUGUCCUACUGUUCAAUCGGUGGAUUUAACAUGUCAGCGAGCCAUAAUUUAUUAGCCUACGGCGUUGAUGAAACAGGGUACGAGACUUACAGAAUUAAAGUGAGAAACGUCAAAACUGGAGAGGAGAUGCCGAUUGACGUUUUGGAAGGCACAACCGGUUCGGUCUCUUGGAAUGGCGACAGUCAAUUAUUUUAUACAACUAUGGACGAUGCGCACAGACCUAACAAAGUCUGGAGACAUAACAUUGGUACCCCGCAGUCCGAGGACGAAUGUUUGCUUUCAGAAGACGACGAGUUAUACAAUAUUGGCUUUGGUAAAAGCGACAACGGCAACUUCCUUAUUCUCGAAAGCGAAUCCACGGAAACUAACGAAAUUUGGCUCCUCGAUUUGAAAAAGUCUCAGAGCGAGAUACCGCGACUCGUGGAGAAAAGGCGUGAUAAUCAUCGAUAUUACGUCGAGCCGAGCAGAAACAAUAAGCAACUGUACGUGUUAACGAAUCAACUCGGUAAGAAAAUCAACUUUGACUUGAAAGUCACGAGCUUAGAAACACCCGGGAUGGAAAACUGGACGGAUUUGAAAGGAAAAGGCUUUCCGUGGAGCGAGAAGCGGACUUUAGAAAGCAUUAUGACGUUUAAAAAUCACAUAGUUAUCGAUGGCAGAGAAGAUGGAUUUACGCAAGUUUGGGUGCUACGACUCGAAGACUCGAAUAGCGACGACGAUAGCAGCAUUUCAGACUGGUAUCGAUCUGAAUGGCCAGCCGCGAGUGUUGUUUAUCCUUCGCGCGCAUCCGCAUCGUUAUCGUGCGUCGGCGCGAACAAAAUUUAUGAUACGAAUAAGCUGUUGCUAACGCACUCAUCUUUGGUGAAUCCUCGAACUGUGUAUGAAUUCGAUAUGGACUCGCAAACAAAAGUUAUGAAGAAAAUAACCGCCGUGAAAGGUUUCGUAGAAAAGAAUUACGAGACGAUGCAAAUCCAAGUCACGAGCAGAGACGGCCAAACGAAAAUCCCUGUGUCGAUUGCGUACAAGAAAGGUAAGAGACAAAGGCAAGGACCAUUAUUAUUAGAAGGAUACGGAUCGUACGGUAUUUCAAAUGAUCCGGCGUUUGAUCGCUCCGUUGUUCCGUUGUUGGAUAGGGGCAUCACUAUCGCAGUCGCGCACAUCCGCGGAGGUGGUGAACUCGGCAGAUAUUGGUACGAAGAGCAGGGGAAAUAUUUGAAUAAAAUGAACACCUUCAAUGACUUUAUCGACUGCGGCGAGUAUUUAUGCGCGAGUGGUUGGACUUCUCCCGAAACGCUCGCGAUUUCUGGUCGAUCUGCCGGUGGAUUACUUGUGGGUGCGGUCACGAACAUGGCGCCUGAUUUAUUCAAGUGCGUCGUUGCCGGCGUGCCCUUCGUCGACGUUAUGGUUUCCAUGUGCGACCCGUCGAUUCCUCUCACCACGGGCGAAUGGCUAGAAUGGGGCAAUCCGAACUGCUCCAAAUACUACGAAUACAUGAAAUCGUAUUCUCCUAUGGAAAACAUUCGAAAAUCUCGCAAGCCUGAUGUGCUCAUAACCGCUGGUUUGCACGACCCUCGCGUCGCCUAUUGGGAAAGCGCGAAAUACGCCGUGCGCAUGCGCGAGUCGUGCGAAAACGAAGAGGCGCGGAUUUUACUGAAAACGGAUUUGAGCGCCGGUCACUUUAGUGCGACUGACCGCUAUCGGAAGUUCAAAGAAGUCGCGUUCGAAUACGCGUUUGUUUUAGAUUGCAUUUGUCCAUAA